ACAGAACCCUUUCUACGAUGGAACUUUCCUGUACGACUGAGCGCCUCCACAAGCAUCAUGUGAUGCCAGAGGACAUCUCCAGGCUCAAGCGCUUCACAGUGUUCUUUCUGGGCCACCUCCUGCUAACCGACAUGUAUCUGUACGUCCUGGCACUCGUCGUGUUCUACUACGUGUACCGCUGGCUCAGGGAGCUGCCCAGGGUCUCUGACAAGGGCGACAAGUAUGUGUACAUCACCGGCUGCGACACAGGCUUUGGAAACCUCCUGGCCCGUCACCUGGACAAACUGGGCUUCCGAGUCAUCGCCUCCUGCUACACGGAGAAGGGCGAGGAAGAGCUGAGGAAGUCGUGCUCCGGAAACUUGACCACAACACAUCUGGACGUUCGAUCGAAUGAAAGUGUCACCAAAGUUGCAGCGAUGAUCAAGGACAAAGUGGGGCAGCGUGGCCUGUGGGCCAUAGUGAACAAUGCAGGUGUGUCUGUGCCCUCGGCCCCAUGUGACUGGCUGACCAUUGAUGACUACAAGUCCAUGCUGGACGUGAACCUAAACGGGGUGAUCGCGGUGACUCUCAGCGUCCUGCCGCUCAUCAAGAAGGCGAGGGGCAGGGUGGUCAACGUGGCCAGUGUGUUUGGGAGAAUUAGUCCCACCGGGGGCCCGUACACGGUGUCCAAGUAUGGCGUGGAAGCUUUCAACGACAGCCUCAGGCUAAAUAUGGCACCCUUUGGUGUCAAGGUCCUCUGCAUUGAACCGGGCUUCUUCAAAACAAACGUGACUGAUGCUGCAAUCCUGAGUAAGAACGUGAAGUCGGUGUGGGACAAGAUGCCGCAGGAGGUCAGAGACGACUAUGGACAGGAGUACCUUCAGAAAUCAUUAGCACUCUUAACAGACAAAGUUGCAAAGCUAUCAGACGCAGACCUGAUGAAGGUGGUUAACUGUAUGGAGCAUGCGGUCUCGGCCGUUCGGCCACGCACCCGCUACUCGCCAGGAUGGGAUGCAAAAUUGUUCUGGCUGCCGCUCUCCUACAUGCCAACCUGCGUCUCCGGCUACAUUCUGAGCAGAGAAGCCAUUCCGAUUGCCAAGUCAAUGCAAUAAAAGGCCUUAUCUGAAGGAAGCAUAUGUUCAGGCCAAUGUACAUCCCCUUAGUGAUAAGCCUGCGUUAAAGGUUGGGGGUACGUACGACUCAGUAGGUCAAUAAAAAGCAUUCCAUGCAGCAUGAUUACAUUUCCUUGUACAUUUUACAAAAACAAGGAUGCAAGGGCUCUUUUUGGGAAAGAUUUACCCUCUUAAUAUCCUGCAAAGUACCCUCUUCCAGAUAAAAUAAAUACUUGUCCAACUUAACU